AGAAUGGGAUGUGAUGUUUUUGAUGGAGACGUGGUUAGAUGGAAAGGAUUGGGAGAAGGUAAGGAAUAGGUUACCAGAGGGGUACGAAUGGGGAGUUCAGAAGGCAGGAAGGAAAAAUAAGAAAGGUAGAGCGAUAGGAGGAUUGAGGAUAGUAGGAGUUAGAACAGGGUUAAGAAAAGCAGGAACCAAGAUAGAAGAAAUAGGAAUAGGGAUAAUGUCUGUGAGAGUUAGAUUAGAUAGUGAAGAGUGGAGGAUUGUGGGCGUAUAUGUGAGGGACGAGGAGAAGGAGAUUGCAAUGCAGAGAGUAAGACAAAUUGUGGAAAUAAAGGAGGAAGGAACUAGGGUAGUAAUGGGAGGUGAUUUUAAUGCAAGAACAGGUUGUGAAGGAGGCUGGCGGGAUGAGAUAGAGAGAGAGGAGGAAGAGGAGCAGGGUAGGAGACAGUCAAAAGAUAAGAAGAUGGAUAAAGGAGGGAGAAAUCUGUUGGAAUUAUUAGGAGAAUGUGGGUGGGAGAUAUUCAAUGGGUGUGUGUUAGGGAAUGAGGAAGGGGAGUUUACGUAUGUAGGAGGUAGAGGUUGCUCGGUGAUAGAUUAUAUUCUGGGUGAAAAGAAGACAAAGGACAGAAUAGAGAAAAUGAGAGUAGUAGAUAAAGUAGAUUCAGAUCAUAUGCCAGUGAAAUUAGUGGUUGGGAACGGGGCGAGAGAGAGGGAGCAGAGAGUUAGAAAUAGAGGCAUUAGGGGGAUAUGGGACGAGGAAAGUAAAAAACGGUUUAGGGAGGAGUUAGAUAAGGGAAUUGAGGAAAUAGGGGGGAGGUUAAACGAGGAAUGGGAUGACAUGGAAGGGAAAAUCAUAGAGGCAGUAGGUAGGAUAGAGGCAGAGAGGAGAAAAAGAAAGAAAAAUAGUAAGGGCUAGUGGGACGAGGAAUGUAGGAAGAUGAAAAAGAAGGUGAGGGGGGUGUUGAGAAAGUGGAGAGGGGGAAAAGACGAGAAGGGGAAUUAUUUAGAGAAGAAGAGAGAAUACAAGGAAUUAUGUGAGAGAAAAAAGGAAGAAAAGAAUAGGACAUGGUAGAAGAAGGCGAAGGAGGCUAGGACAGAGAGUGAAGUGUGGGAGAUAAUAAAUAAGGAUAGAAGAAAAAGAAAAAAAAUUAACGAGGGAAUUGAGAUGGAAAAAUGGAAAGAUUAUUUCAUGUGCGUGCUAGGGGGAGUAGAAGAAAGAGUAGUGAGAGGAGAAGGAAGGGGAUAUGAACGAGGAGAGGAGGAGGAGGGGCUAAUAAGUAGGGAGGAAGUGAGGAGUGUAGUAGGGAGGUUGAAGCUAGGAAAAACGAGGGGAAUUGAUGGAGUACCAAAUGAAGUGUGGAAAUGGGGGGAGAGAGAUUAGAGGAAUGGAUGGUAGAAUUCUUGAAUAAGGUAUGGAGGGGAGAGGGGUGGCCAGAGAAGUGGAAGGAGGGAAUAGUGAUCCCUAUUAUAAAAAAGGGGGAGGGAAAAAUCGUGGAAGAGUAUAGGGGUAUAACGCUGAUGCCCUCACUUUAUAAAGUUUAUACGAUGAUUCUAGCAGAUAGGUUGAAAAAGGAUAUAGAGGGAAAAGGGAUAAUUCCGGAUAAUCAAGCAGGUUUUAGGAAGGGCAGAGGUGGAUAACAUAUUUGUACUCAAUUACAUAGUGAAUAGAAGCCUGGGUAGAAAAGGAGGAAAAUUAGUAGCGUUGUUUGUUGACUUGAAGGCGGCAUUUGAUUCGGUUGAUAGAGAGAGAGUGGAAACCUUAUUAAGAGAGACGAAAAGUAGAAUUAGAAUAGGUGAGAAGAUGGGAGAAGAGUUUUGGACAGGUAGAGGAGUAAGACAGGGAUACCCGUUGAGCCCAUUAUUAUUCAACAUCCUAAUCUCAGACAUAGAGGAGGUUAUGGGGAGAGUUAAAUGGGGAGGUGUGAAAAUAGAAGGAGAGAGGGUUUGUACGUUAGCGUAUGCGGAUGACAUAGUGGUUAUAGCGAAAGAGGAAGAUCGGAUGAGGAGUAUGAUAAUGAGGCUAGAAGAGUAUCUGGAUGAGAAGAACUUAGUAUUAAACGCAGGAAAAUCGAAAGUAAUGAGAUUCAGAAAGGGAGGAGGUACGGAAAGUAAGAAGAGCUGGUGG